AUGAUCCAAAAAUCCCCAUCUUCUCAGAAUAACAAGCAGUUGGUAUUUGGGGAUGUCCAUGGAGCUGUUUUGCUUCCUAGAGAGAUGGAGCUUGAAAAAGCCCAGAAUUUGGACCUUAAAUUUCAAGUUCCUGACAUUGGCAAAGCGUUUCAGGAUUUUAUUGGAACCAGAGAAGUAGGUGAGUUUCUUAGUGGUGCUCUUGCAGGAGCAAUGACAAAGGCUGUUUUAGCACCGCUUGAAACUAUCAGGACAAGAAUGGUCGUUGGUGUUGGGUCUAGAAGUAUACCUGGAAGCUUUAUUGAGGUCGUUCAGCAGCACGGGUGGCAAGGUCUCUGGGCAGGAAAUACUAUUAACAUGCUGCGCAUAGUCCCUACUCAAGCAAUCGAGCUGGGAACAUUUGAGUGGGUCAAGCGAACAAUGACAUCGACCCAAGAGAAAUGGAUCCGCGAUGGAGAUCCUAAGCUUCAAUUUGGCGAUAUCACUUUGACCAUUCCUCUCUCAUGGCUGUCUCCAGUUGGCCUGGCAGGUGCUUCUGCUGGUAUUGCUGGCACACUUGCUUGCCAUCCUCUGGAAGUUGUUAAGGAUCGAUUGACUGUGAGACCUGAGGAUUACCCUAAUUUAACAGUUGCUCUUGGUAAAAUUUACAAAGAUGGAGGUGUUCGUGCCUUGUAUUCUGGUCUUGCUCCAACCCUUGUGGGGAUGCUCCCAUAUAGCACAUGCUAUUAUUUCAUGUAUGACAAGUUAAAGACGUCUUACUGUGUUGCAAAGGAUAAGAAAAGGCUGAACCGUGUUGAGAUGCUUUUGCUUGGAGCUGUUUCAGGUCUUACAGCAAGUACAAUUAGCUUUCCCCUUGAGGUUGCUCGGAAAAGGUUGAUGGUGGGAGCACUACAAGGCAAAUGCCCUCCAAAUAUGGCUGCAGCACUUGCAGAAGUAAUUCGGGAAGAAGGUGUAAUGGGGCUUUAUAGAGGUUGGGGAGCAAGUACUUUGAAAGUCAUGCCAAACUCAGGCAUCACCUGGAUGUUUUAUGAAGCCUGGAAAGACAUAUUACUACUUGAAAGACGCCAUUUAUAAGCAUCUUAAAAACCCUCGUCCCCUGUUUUAAGAGGAGAUGAUAUAUGAUAAUGUUCUUUUGCUUCAAUUAGAAUUUUGCUCAUUGGCCCUCUAUUACAACCAUAUUGAGAGGCUGUGUAUCAUUUAAAAGGAGAGAAAUCUAAUUAUCUAGGUUCUUUAGGAUUUAGGAGUUCGAAGCACAUCGACUGAGCUACUAAUCUUGUGUCGGCUUAAACUUUGUUAAUUAAUGAAGAAAUUCUGUGAAACUACUCUAA